AUGGCGACCUACGCAAUUACGGGCAUUCAAAAAUGCUUGGGUCCAGGAGAACAAGUUCCCAUUCGGAGGGAGCUUGAUGAGUGGUGGUUUGCUAAGGAUAAGAAUACUCUCUACCAAAAGUCCUUGUUCGUCUAUGCUUUGAACGAAUUCAAGUCUAUGAAUCCGAAUGAGCGGGACUCUUACUUCCAAAUCGCUGGAAUCCACGGGCAACCACUUCAAUCAUGGGACACAAACGAUCCAGAGAAAGAUUGGUACUGUGUCCACGGCAGUGUCCUGUUCUCUCCAUGGCACAGACCAUACCUGGCUCUGUACGAACAGAGAAUCUACGAGAUCAUGGUCAAGUUGAUUCCCAAGACCUUUGCCACCCAAGAUCAUGCAGGUCUGUACAAAGCUGCUGAUUCCUGGCGUCUUCCCUUCUGGGACUGCGCUGUGAAGAGACCAGACUGGACAGACCCGCAAAAUCAGGCUAAAUUUGGUCCCAAUGUCCCAUACCUCCUUACCGUUGAUACGGUCGAGGUGCUUACCAAGAUUGGGACUGCGAAGGUUGAGAAUCCGAUGUGGAGAUUCAAAGUCCCGCAAAUGAACCCGGGGAAAACUACUUUUGGUGAUUAUGGUGUGACGGCCGUUGAGGAACCUGAGGGCACACUUCAUUACAACCUCUCCAAGUCCACGUCCAGAUACCCCGAAACACCUGACCCGAACGACCCGAAAUUCCAAACCGCAUGGGUAGAGGGUCAACAAAACUGGCAAAACAUCACUGGUAUGCUUCGUGCCUCCAAGGCCUCCCAGUCCAACACCCUCCCUGAAGCCAUUUAUCGGCUGUUCAUUGAGAAGUACGUGCCAACCUGGAAUGUUUUCGCCACUGGUGUUUACAAGGUUGGUCAAAAUCCUCAGCAAUAUUCUAGUGUUGAGGAUAUUCAUAAUAAUGUCCAUGGACACGUUGGUGGCACUGGCCACAUGGGAAAUGUUGGGGUUGCUAGUUUUGAUCCGAUCUUUUGGCUCCAUCACUGUAACGUCGAUCGGCUUUUUGCUAUCUGGCAGGAGUUGUAUCCGAAUAAAUAUGUGGAGGCUUGGGAUGAUCCCAAUCGUGGAAAAGUCGACGUCAAUACCAAAUUGACCCCAUUCAAUAAGACUACCACUGGCGUGAAAUGGACACCAGCAGACAUCCGCGACCCCAAGAAGAUGGGCUACACUUACCCUGAACUUCAAAAAUGGCUUCCCGCUUACAAGGACAACGCCGGUUGCUUUUCCAGGACGAAGUACGAGAACGCAAUCCGAACGACUCUUGAGCAGAAAUAUUCUACGACUGGCAAAUCUGUCACGCUUCUUCCUGGAAUGGAAGAGACAGCCAAGAAACUCAUGAGCGCCUGUUCCCAGGAGUCGGCGAAAUAUGAAAAUUUCCCACCUGCGCUUCUCAAAUUGAGAGAGACUCUUCUUGGACAAGCAGUCUCCGUCGCGAGCGACACUGUUCAGGCUGGUGUUAAUAUCUUGAGUGAUGUUAGUGGUGGUCUUUUGGGGGGUAUGAUGGGCUGGAAGCCGAAGCCUGGUGGGAAUCAAUCUAGCAGCGGUGCACCUGGCGGUAGUGCGCACGCGCCGUUUGUGGACUUUUCUUGGGAGAGUCAGGAUUAUAUCUGCAAUAUCCUCUAUGAUCGAUGGGCUCUCGGCGGCCACCCCUUUACCAUCCGUGUCUUCCUCGGCGAAGUCACAAUCCCAAAAGCCACCGAUCCAAACGGAAAACAACGGCUCUCCGCCAGUCAACUCUGCAACUCCAGCAACCCAGGCCAAGUCGGCAUCAUCUACAACUUCUCCUCCCCCGUUGAGUCUCGCGGCACGGGCGUCGAAGGCUGCACAACUUGUCGUAAGCAAAAGGAAGCCACUGGCUCCAACAGAGUCUUGACGACCGGCCAAGUUGUACUUACUGAUCACUUGGUCGAGUGGAUUAGGAAUAAGCAGAAGGGGAAGGGCGGUGUUUGUCUUGAUGAUUUUACGCAGGCGAGUGUGGGGAAAUGGUUGAAGGAUAACUUGCACUGGAGAGUUACGGAUCAACACGGUAAACUCGUCGAUAAGGCGAAGAUGAAGGAUCUCAAGGUUUCGAUUGCUGUUGGUAAGGCGAAGCAUUGUCUCGAUGCUACGGUUCCGUCCAUCUACUCUGAUUACGAGGUCUUGUAUGGUGUUACCGAUGGAAGAAUGUGUGGUGCUUGUCCCGGGGAUUUGAACUAG